CUUCACGAAUUGCAAGAUCGGAGUGUCCGGGAUUUCCAGCUGAUUGGGUGAAGCUCGGAGGUGGUAAUCGGAUCCCAAUCUUCGGCUGAAUCAAGGUAGACAGAGGUUUUGAUCCUGAAGUUGGGGGGAGUGGAAACUUUGUUUGAGAUUAACAUUUGUUUCCGGAAACAUGAUGGGGGUCGAGUCCACAUUUACCCCAGCAGAUCAUGCAGCGUUGGCCAAUAGUGAUUCUGAAACUUCAGAAGUGCUGGAUUCCCCAGCGGUAGAAGGUGUGGAAAAGAGUGUGAGUGAAGAAGUUUGUUUGCAAGUUCCCCUGGGAAAGAAGGAAGACAUCGACUCCCUUGGCACAGUCUGUGAUCAUGAGAAUAACAAGGGCGAUGUUGCUGAGGCCAUCAUUCUGAAUGGGGUCUCGCUAGAGCUGUCGAUCUCUUGCAAGGAUUCAGAUGAUAGUGUUCCAUUGGGUUGUCAAACACCACGUGGAAACAUCUUUGAUCCUUUUGCUCCAGGAUCAGAGGAGGAAUUCUGUGGUGCACCCAAAAAGAAGGCGGUGAGGGGGGCAGAAGCCCUCUCCCGCAGGAAGCUGAUAUUUGAAGCUGAUGACUUCCCAGUUAGAAGGUUAAGUUAUGAGUUUGAUUCUGAGGAGGAAGAACUGUAUCUCCAAGGGAUCUGCAAGAUGUUUCUUGAUCUGAUAUUCUCAAACCAAGCGCUGGAGGCAACUGGGGACAGGGAGGAUCUGGUAGAUGCUAUCCCACCUGAAAGCUACAGAACCCCUGAAUCACAGCCUCUGCUUACUGGCAUCGCAGACACCUGCCCAGACGCUCCUGUGCGUCCAUCUCUGAGAAUGCUGAAGCUCAGCCCAGGUAUUUGCAGGAAGCUCGACUUCAGUUCAGUGAGUCCCAAGGCUCUGUUUGCUGAAGAUAAUAAUUAAGAGCCGAGCUUGUUCCUUCGGGAGCUUCAUCUCGGUGCUGUUUUCCGGCGACACAUCUCAUGGCAGCACCUCUGCCAUCCUUGCCGGCGGUGUGGUAACUUUGCUAACUCUGAAGCUGUAGGAGCUAGCAGUGGUGGUUAAGUAGGAAGCAGUUUAAAGUUAUACAUGUAAGCUAUGUUAGUUUUCCUUUUAGCUAGCCUAGUCUUACUGUCCAGAUUGUUGUACUUUGUGG